ACUAGUAGCACCAGCAAUAGAUUCUAUUAUACUCAGUCUAUUCUACUAGAUCUAUUUCUAGAGAUCUAAAUUGGUUAGUCUAAAUAUACCUAUAUAGAUCUAGUUAUAGAAUCUAGAUUUUUAUAGAAGAAUAAUCUAGAUUCUAAUCCAUGUUCAUUGUUAUAGGCAGACGCAAGUAUAAUUCCUUGGUUUGGAGCAUUUGUCUCUUGGUCACAGGAUUUUCCAAUUUAAAAGCUGAUGAAAAUCUAGGACUCUGUAAAAACAAUCUUCCAGCUGAUCAUGUUUUAAAUGUCGACUCACCCAGUCUAGCAACAUGUAACCUAGCAUUGAAAAACUCAGAAGAUAUGACUACAACAACAUCCCUGGCUGUGGUACUUUAUGAUGAGGAUAAAAUUUUGCCACAUGAGCUGACUAGCCGGACAUUUUACCUGGCAGAUGAAAAGUUUGUCAUUGAGCAAAACUGGCAAGGUGUGGGAGUAGCUGCAGUAGUUUGGGAUAGCGCUGUUGUAUUAGGAGAGUACUUACAGGAUCACAGACACCUGAUACAAGGGAAGAAGGUUCUGGAGCUGGGAGCUGGAACAGGUCUUGCUGGCAUGGUGGCUGCUGCAUUGGGUGCUGAUGUCAUUGUAACAGAGCGAGAGUCAGCCAUGCCACACUUGACCAGCACAGUGUUGGCUAAUUCACCAAACAGAAAACACUGGAAAAUUAAAGCCAGCGUUUUGGACUGGACCCAGCCUAUACAUUACAAGACUUAUUCAGAUGUGGACGUUGUGCUAGGGGCAGACAUUAUAUAUAUUGAAGAGACAUUCAAUGACCUUUUGAAAGUGUUAAUGUCUCUAACUUAUAAUAGAAUUGUGCAGGUCUUGUUGUCAUGUAAAAUAAGAUACGACAGAGAUAGAAAUUUUCUUAAAAUGAUGGAAGAGCACUUCAGUAUUAAUGAAAUUUAUGAAGAUCAUUCACGGCAUAUAAAAAUAUUAUCCUUGCAGCGUUUGUGAUAGCUUAAAAACAAUGAGUGCUAUGUAUUGUUGAAAACAAGUUGAUUUAAUAAAAAUUGUUGACUUUCAUUUGUUGCUGUAUAAUUUUUUUUAUACAUUCCAAAAAAAAGUUUAGAAAAUAAUUGUUAAUUAAACAGAGACUUGUUUUAUAAGAGUUUAAGUUUUUGUUUAUGCUUAAUAUUUUUAAUCUGAAGUACCAGUACUUCUAAGACAUUUAAGCUUCCUUAUAAACAUCACAAUAAGAAGAUCAAGCUGCAAAAUGAGUUAAUUUUCUUGAAAGAAAAAGUUUUAAUGAGAUUCUUGCAGGCUUUGUUUUUAAUGUGUUAUUGGGAUCACAGUAUUAAUUUACUCCCCUGCAAUGAGACAUCUUCAAUCUUACAACUAAGAACAGGACACACACCUUUAAAUUAUCACUUUAAUAAAUCCCACAUGCCUACUUUUAUGAAACUGAAUCAUAGCCUAUUUGAAUGCUUUAUUUUAAUUCACCUAAGGCACACCCUAUUAAUAACAUAACCAGCACUCUUUAUGGCAGUGCUGAGCAAAGUGCAAAAGAGCUUACUGAUCAGCAGCAAAAAGCAGGCUAGAAGAAUUGAAAUUGGGAUAGCUUUGUUGUGAGAACAUUAUUUUUCUUUUUAUAUUAAAAUCUUCAUACUUAUGAAGACCCCCUACCCCAACAAUGUCAGCCACCAUUUUCUUUAUGUUAUCUCUGUGAAUCAAAUUGUUAAGGGUAAUAUUUUAUACAAGAUUGGUAGGAUGGGUAGAAGUUGGUUGUUUGUGAUGUAUAAUUAUAUACAUUUUUGUGAACUCCAUAAGCCUCAUUUUGUUAUAUUUUUCAAUUAUUUGCAAGCCUAUUGUCAGUUUCCCAUUGCAGUCUGUGAAAACUUGACAAUAGUCACUCUUAUUUAUUUUGUAAAUGGUUUAAGUUGUAACUUAUAUAGGAAAAUGCAUUUUUUAAAGUUAUACCACAAAAACUUCAUUUGCUUUUGAUUGGUGAUCACCUUUCAAUACAGCUUGCAUUCACACACACUCAAAAGAAAUUGCCAUUCAAAAAUGGAAAUUUGCAGAAAAAAAUAAUCAAAAGCGCCUUCUAAACAUUGAUUUUUCAAUUCAGACUCUUGAGCUGUAUAAUUUAUUUAAAGUUUAAUGCAACAUUGCCUUUUUUACACAGCUUAAAUCAAAUUACUGUCUGUCUGGCCAAAAGUUUGUACACCUUAUUUCUCCAACAUCCAAUUUCAGAUCAAGCUGAAAUUUUGCACAAUUAUUUCUUUUACCUGACAACACAACAAUCAAUAACAAAAAUUAACAAAUUAUUUAAUUAACUAUUGGUAAUUAGUUAUUUUGUUUGGUAUCUCGAAUAAGGGGAAAACAUUUUACUUGAAUGAAGUGGGGAUACUAGCUGAAUUAGUCCCCUUUAUUGGUUGCCACUUCAAAGUAAGUUUGAAUUAAAUUAUACAUAACUAUAUAAUCAUCUAUAGUGAUAAGCAUCUCACUAGCAGUAUGUCUACUUGAGGAGGCAUGAUUUGACUUUUUUUUUUUUUUUUGUAAAUCCUUUUAAAACCACAAAAGGUAAAAUUCACCCAUAUAUCCUAUCUGAUGUUUUUCUUGUUGUUUUAAAAUUAAUUUUUCAUUUCUUUGCAACUCUGAAUCUUAGCUUGAUGUAAUAUGAAAAAAAAAGAAGGGUACUUUUUCUUGUCUAUUUGGCUAGCUGGUUUGUAGUUAUUCUUUUCUUUGAAUGACGGUAAACAUUAUACAUCAAUAUUAUGUCUAUAUUAUGAUAAUAACUUUGCUGGCUAAUCAAAUAAAAAAUGCAGACACACA